AUGGAACAAUAAGUAUAAGAAAAUAUAGACGACUAAGCUUUAUAAAAAGAGAUAGAUUAAAUUUAAUUAUAACCACAUGAAGAAAUAAAAUCGCAAGAAGAAUAAAAAGAAAAUAAUUAAGAUUCAGAGCAGAAUCCAAAACAGAUUAAAGACGAGUUAACCUAAGAAUAGUAGAAAAAGAAGAUCGAAAGGCUUCACUAAUGUAUAUUAGCAAUUGUAGCUCUUAAAAAAAUGAAUACUGAUCAUAUGCCUGCUAAAAUUAUAGAUUAUUUAUAUUUAGGUAGUAUUGGCGCUGCACUUAAGAAAGAUGUUAUUGAAAAGUUAAAUAUUAAGUUUAUUUUAAGUGCGAUGGAUAAAUCAAAACCAAUGUUUUAGGACAUUUGUACUUAUAAACAAUUGCCUAUACUUGAUAGUCCGGAUGUUGAUAUUUAGAAAUAUUUCGAUGAAUCAAGCGAGUUUAUAAACUAAGCAGUAGAGUCAUAAUAAAAUAUUUUGGUUCAUUGCUUUGCUGGUAAGUCAAGAUCAACAACGUUAGUUUUAGCCUACUUGAUGAAGUAUAAAAAAUUAGCUCUAGAUGAGGCUUUGAAUCUUGUCAGAUAAACAAGAGAAAUAGCUUAGCCGAAUUCAGGAUUUAUGAAAUAAUUGUAAAUGUAUGAACAAAAUUUGAAGGAAAAAAUUCAAGUGUAAAACGAAGAAAAUAAAAUUUGA